AUGAAUCUGGUGGAAACAAAACAUCCUGGCAGAAACUUCAUUCGCAAACUUCUCGACCAUUUUUAUGUCCAGGGUCCUCAUGGACGCCACAUCUGUCUUGUUCACGAGCCUCUCGGAACGAGUGCAGAUGUUCUGGUGACGAUGUCUCCUGGGCACAAAAUGAGUCUUGAUGACAUGAAGCCUGGUAUCCGACAGCUACUAGUCGCAUUGGACUUUUUGCACUCGGAGUGUCAUAUUAUCCACACCGAUCUUCAGCUAAAGAACUUACUACUUCCCGGGCCAGAGAAAAGUUAUCUUUCCCGAUUCGAGGAAGCUGAGGUUGCACACCCAUCACCUAGGAAAAUCCUCAAAGACCGAACAAUCUACAAAAGUUUAGGUUUUCUUCCACGAGGUGGGCUACCGGUUCUCGCUGAUUUUGGGGAAGCUCGAUUGGGCGGCAAAGAGCACAAAGAUGAUAUCAUGCCAAACGUUUAUAGAGCUCCUGAAGUGAUUUUGAGAUCGAGUUGGUACUAUAAGGUGGAUAUAUGGAAUGUUGCGAUGGUCGCCUGGGACAUCGUUAGCCCUCGCACACUUAUCAAUGGCAAAAAUUCAAAUGGCGUAUUUGAUGACCGAGUCCAUAUGGCGGAACUGGUUGCCUUGCUAGGCCCUCCGCCACCCGAAUUCAGGGAACAGAGACAUCUCAGCUCGGUCUUCUGGGAUGAGUCAGGCAACUGGAAAGAAGUAGUUCCAAUUCCAGAAAUCACUCUUGAAAGGCUUGCUGAGAAGGUUGAAGGGGAAGACAAAGAAGGACUUUUGCGGUGGCUCCGGAUGGCCUUGCAGUGGAACCCCGAGGACCGGCCAACGGCUUUGGAACUCUUAUACGACGAGUGGCUGAUGAAGGGGCUAGGGGAGUGA